AGGUUCGCUCCGACUUCGCCGGAGCCGCAAAAUAGUUGUCAAAAUGGCGGGCGAAGGUUCUGCAAGUGUGAAUCCGAAUUGCGAGGUCGUUCGUGGACAAACGUUCGAGGUCGGCCCGCGGUACACGAAUUUGUCGUACAUGGGUGAGGGUGCCUACGGGAUGGUCGUAUCUGCAUAUGAUAAUGUAACAAAAACAAAGGUAGCUAUUAAAAAAAUUUCACCUUUUGAACAUCAGACUUACAGUCAGAGAACUUUAAGGGAAAUAAAAAUACUGACCAGGUUUAAGCACGAAAAUAUAAUAGAUAUAAGGGAUAUAUUAAGGGCACCUACUAUAGAACAAAUGAAAGAUGUAUAUAUUGUUCAAUGUCUGAUGGAAACUGAUCUCUAUAAACUUCUUAAAACACAGGCUAUUAGUAAUGAUCAUAUAUGCUAUUUUCUUUACCAAAUACUACGAGGAUUAAAGUACAUUCAUUCAGCAAAUGUAUUGCACAGAGAUUUGAAACCAAGCAACUUGCUCUUGAAUACCACAUGUGACCUUAAAAUCUGUGAUUUUGGUUUAGCCAGAGUUGCUGAUCCAGAGCAUAAUCAUGCUGGCUUCCUUACUGAAUAUGUAGCAACCAGAUGGUACAGAGCACCAGAGAUAAUGCUCAACUCAAAGGGCUAUACGAAAUCUAUAGACAUCUGGUCAGUUGGUUGCAUUCUUGCAGAAAUGCUUUCAAGACGAGCAAUAUUCCCUGGCAAACAUUACUUAGACCAACUGAACCAUAUAUUGGGAGUCCUUGGAUCGCCGUCUUCCGAGGAUCUUGAGUGCAUUAUAAACGAAAAAGCACGAAAUUAUCUUCAAUCAUUACCGUACAAACCGAAGGUCCCAUGGACGAGUCUCUUUCCAAACGCCGAUCCACGAGCUUUGGAUCUGUUAGAUAAAAUGUUGACGUUUAAUCCUAACAAACGAAUCGUCGUGGAAGAUGCGCUCGCGCAUCCUUACUUAGAACAAUAUUACGAUCCCGCCGACGAACCGGUCGCGGAAGAACCAUUCAAGUUUGAUAUGGAGUUAGAUGAUCUUCCAAAAGAAGUUUUAAAGCAAUACAUCUUCGAAGAAACUCUGCUGUUCCAGAAGAAUAAUCAGGAAAACGCUAUGUAGUCUACUGCUGUGACGAGUGUACAGGACGACUAAAAAGGAGGCGAACAUGUGACGUCAGAGUAACACAACUGUAUUUCCUUUAAAGUUGUCUACUGUCUACGAAAAUAGGAGAAAAAUCGAAAAAGUUUUACGAAGACAUUGGAUCGAAAAGGAUCGAAAUCGGUUCAGCGAUUAACGGGCGAAAGAAGCGGUGAAGGAGGUA